ACUUUCCUAACGUUGAUCGCUUGGAAUUUUUUUUAGUGACAAUGAGUAGCUCUGAAGAAGUUUCAUGGAUCUCCUGGUUCUGCGGACUAAGAGGGAAUGAAUUCUUUUGCGAGGUGGACGAGGAUUAUAUUCAGGACAAAUUCAACCUGACCGGCUUGAAUGAGCAGGUACCUCACUAUAGGCAGGCAAUUGACAUGAUUCUAGACCUUGAACCUGAAGACAAUCUGGACGACAACCCCAACCAGAGUGAUCUGAUCGAGCAAGCGGCGGAGAUGCUGUACGGCCUGAUCCACGCUCGUUACAUCAUGACCAACAGGGGAAUCGCACAGAUGAUCGAGAAAUGGCAGCAAGGCGAGUUUGGAUACUGCCCAAGAGUUUAUUGCGAGAAUCAGCCGACACUUCCUAUUGGUCUAUCGGAUGUACCCGGAGAGUCGAUGGUCAAACUCUACUGUCCGAAAUGCCAGGACGUGUUUGUGCCCAAGUCGUCCAGGCACCACCACACAGACGGGGCUUACUUUGGCACGGGCUUCCCUCACAUGCUCUUCAUGGUUCAUCCGGAAUACAGGCCCAAACGACCUACCAAUCAGUUUGUUUCGAGGUUAUAUGGUUUCAAGAUCCAUCCUUUAGCGUACGAGCUACAGACCCAAGCAGCCAACAACUUCAAGUCCAGGCCACUGCAUAACGUCAGUUACGCUAACAACAAGAGAUGAUGACCUGAUUGGCUGACCUAAUUAAGCGCUAUUCAAUCACUGGUUGACCAAAUUAAAUUUCAUUAGUUGGUUGGUUGACCUAAUUAAAUGCUAUUCAAUGAUUUGUUGGCGUCGUUUGACACUAUUCAUCCAUUGGUUAAUUCGUUGAUCUAAUUAAUUAAAGCUGUGUCAUUAACUGAUCGAUUGGUUGAUUGUUUGAUUGAUUGAAUGAAUAAAUGAUUGAUUGAUUGAUUGAAUGAUUGAAUAAUUGGCCGAUUAAGUGAUUGAUUGAGUGAUUGAUUGAUUGAUUGAGUGAUUGAUUGAUUAGCUAAUCGAUUUUAACACCAUAGUUUAAUUUAUAUUCUGAUUUGAUUACUGUAUUACAAACAAACAAACAAACAAAUGAAUGAAUGAAAGAAUGAUUGAUUGAACGACUGAGUGAAUGAGUGAUAGAAUGGAUGGAUUAAUGAAGGAUUGAAUAAAUAAAGUAAUUAAACUAAGACUAAUGAAAAUUAUAACAAUAGAUAAUUGAUUGGUUCUGAUGAUGCUGGUUAAGAUUAUUAUUAUUAUUUAUUAUUAUUAAUUAUUAUUUUUAUUUAUUAUUAUUAUUAUUAUUACUUUUCCACGUUACUACUACCGUUAAUUUUGAAAAAUUAACUUUUGCGACAUUUGAGUUUUUGUGCUUGUGUGUGUGAGCGUGUGUAUGUGUGGGUGUGUGCGUGUGUGUGAAAGUGCGUGCGUGUGUGUGUUUAUUUAUUUUCAAUUUAGUUUAUCACCGAUCUCUAUCGAUUGGCAAGUUGAUUGAUCGACUGAUUGAUCGUUUGAUUGAUUGAUUGACUUCGCUUUGUUGAUUAUCGUCCUAACUAUGUAACGUAUUUUCAUUGCCUAUUUUGGUUCUUUAGCAAAGCAAACUUACUCAAGCUUAAUAAAUUUUGUGUAGAGAGUUCGUCUGUGUAGCUUUGUGCGUGUGUAGUUGUGUAUGUGUGUAUGUAAGUAUUGAAUUGAAUUGAAACAAUUAUUCAGCAGAAUAUCAAUAAUAGAUUACUAGGAGACCAGAACUUUUCACUGUAUGUAUGUAUGUAUGUGUGUGUAUGUGUAUGUCUGUUUGUAUAUGUGUGCUUCAGUUGUAGAUACAUUAUGAUAUGAUAUUAUUAUUAUAAAUAGAGAGAGGAUUUACUAUCCAUUUGUCUGGUUUCGAGUUUGCGCGUGUGUGUUUUUAAAUGUUCCAAGUCAGAUAUAUUUAGAAUAAAAGUUUCAAGUUUUGUUCAAA